UCGGCAUCAAAGCAAAGUCCUCAUCUCUUCACAGUUACCAACUACUUCCAAAACAACCAAAAAGUAAAAAAGGGAGAAGAGAUGGAGAACAAUGUUGCAUUCCAGUGCCUGUGGACCUGACGGCGGCUCUGGUUUUGGCCGAGCAACACACCUCACUCUGAUGUGGGAUUACCCAGGAGCAGUUUAUCCUCGCGUCCCAAUCCCUGCAUCUCCAGCGACCAGGCUGUGAUGCCGUGUACCCAGUGGGUCUGUACGGCUGGAGAAAAAGAUGCCUCUACUUCUUUCUGCUGCUGCUCUUGGUCACCAUGAUAGUUAACCUGGCCCUCACUGUCUGGAUCAUAAAGGUCAUGAAUUUCUCAGUGGAAGGAAUGGGAAGCCUUCAGCUGAAGCAGGAUGGGAUUCGCCUGGAGGGAAUCUCUGAGUUUCUCCUGCCUCUCUACGUGAACGAGAUCCAGUCUCGAAGGGAUAGCUUGUUGGUCCUGGGAUCAGAAAAGAAUGUAACGCUGAAUGCCAGAAACGACCACGGCCAGCUGACCGGUCAGCUCACAGUGGGACCUGAGGCCGUGGAGGCCCAGUGCCAGAGGCUGCAGCUACGAAGUCAAGACGGAAGCCGACUGCUGUUCACUGCAAAUGAGGAGGAGGUCAUCAUGACAACAGAAAAGUUCACUGUCACAGGCUUGGAAGGUGCCGUGUUCGGACAUUCAGUUGAAACUCCCCUGAUCCAGGCGAAGGCUUCUGAAGACCUGAAGCUGGAGUCUCCGACAAGGACCUUAACCAUGGAGGCUCCCAGAGGGGUGGAAGUGAGUGCUGCCAAGGGGCCGCUGAAGGUCAGCAGUCGAAAGGAUCUCCAGCUGGAGUCCACGGAGGGAGAGAUACUUUUAGAUGCCCAAACCAUUCAGCUGGGUAGGCUCCCGCUUGGCGUCUACACUGAGUCGCCCAAUCAGGCCUCCCGUGAGCAGGCCGUAUACGAGGUGUGCGUCUGCCCCAGCGGCAAGAUCUACCUGGCUCCUGCAGAGACCAGCUCCACCUGCCAGGCCAUGAGCAACAUCUGCCUCUGGAGCUGACCUGGGAGCAGUGUUGUUGAUGGGGGACAUCUCUAACAUCAGCCUCUGGAGCUACAUAGUACGGAGAGUCGAGCUCACCACGGCGGAGAUGGAGCUUGAACUCUAAGCGUGCAGAUCAGCAAAGAAGUAUCCGAGUCGGCUGCCUGUGACGGUCUUUUGGAAGUCAAGACAACUGACGGGGUUUGAGGAAUGGUAGCUCUCUGAAAUCAGGAAUAUCUAAUAACAGGAACAUUUCCCACUACCUUAUUAGUCAGAGGACACGCCCUUUAUUUUUCUACGUCAUUGUAGACAUGCAGUGACUAUUUUUAAGAUUCAGAAAGAGUAGAUGAUAAAAAGUUAAACAGGUGCCUUUGGCUUUAAAGGAAAUAUUGUGACUAUUGUGUAAUAUUGAACCUGUCUGUGUAAUCAAAGAGAUAGCUUUUUUUUUAACGUUUGCUGUGAGAGACUAGUAAGCACAAUUCUGUCAUGUUUUCUUCCCAAACAAUAAUUUUUUUUUUUAAACAAGCAAUAGAUCGAUAGAUAUGAGUUUUUCCUCCUGUU